AUGGACGACUCCUCUCCCCCCUCCCCCCUCCCGGACCCCCUCCCCAUCCCCACCACCGCAUACCGCCGCCACCAAGACCUCGAAGACCACGAGCACUCCUCCCCCGCCUUCGACUACCACCAGGAGCGACGGCUCCAUCUCAAAGAUGAAAUUUGGAUGUCCCACCACCUCCCCCGUCUUCCCCCCACGAGCGUCUCCGAGGCCGGAUCAUCUGUGAGGACGGAAACUGGCACGAGCUACAAGAACAAGAUGGCCCCUGGUGAUUAUCUCGAAUUCACCUCGCCAUCCGCCCGCGUCAGGCAACUCAGCCCUAAAGCCUCGUUCAAAAACAUCACACAGCCCGAGUUCGGCAAUGUGGCCAGAGGCGGCGACGGCAUGGCUCUGGAUGAUACUCAGGAAGCUCCCAAUGAGGAGGAGGAUUUCGCAGGGGCCUUCCAGCGUCGAGCUAGUAUUCAGCCCGAGCCGCAGUCCACCCUCCUUUCACCCUCGGGCCCGGAAUAUGGCGACCUCGACCCUGCUGCUUCCAUCAUUCACAGACAGGAGCGAGACCAGCAAGAAGCUCUUGAUUUGGAGGAAGAGAGAAAGGAGAAGGAGCUGGCGUUGAAGGGGUUGGCGGGAAUCGAAGGCGGCCAACUUUCGCAGAAGGCGCCACAGGAGGCCCCCAAGGAGCAUCUCCCAGUUGAACACGGUAUUGGGAACGAACUUGAAUCUCUCUACGCAUCAUUCUCCCGCUGCCUCGAGCUUCGAGACAAGUACCUCGAGCUGUCCAACCAGCGUCUCGGCGACAACCCGCGAGACCACGACGGCACAUUCCACGGCUUCAACCCCCCCUCCGCCGCGGACGUCACCGGCCUCAAACCCGAGUACGACCCCGCGUCCUCCGAGCUCCCUCCCGAUGCCAAAGACGCCCUUCCAGCAUGGAACAUCUAUCCCCCUCCUCCCCCGCCGCAUUGGCACUGGAAGAAGGCUGAUAACGGCCCUCUGCCUGAGCCUGCGCCGCUGACGACCGAGGGUGAGGAGGAGAAUGACGGCAAGAAGGCGAAAGGGGUGUCGUCGAAGGAUAGUGAGGUGUUUGACGUGGCGGACUGUCAGAUCCCUGGGAGAGACCCGACUGGGUGGACGUAUGAGCUUAAUGAUGAGGGUGUCUUUACUGUAUUCGCUGCGGAGCCUGCUUCGGCCGAGGCGACUCCGGUGAAGGAAGGUGAAGCUCCCCAGCGCAAGAUUUCUCUGAGCCGUGUGCCCACGCUCAAAGAGUACUUUACGGACCUCGACUACCUGCUUGGUGUCUGCUCUGAUGGACCUGCAAAGAGUUUUGCGUUCAGGCGACUCAAGUAUCUCCAGAGCAAGUGGAGUUUGUAUUGUCUGCUGAACGAGUAUCAGGAGCUGGCGGACAUGAAGGCUGUUCCGCACAGAGACUUUUACAAUGUCCGAAAGGUCGACACCCAUAUUCACCACUCGGCUUCGAUGAACCAGAAGCAUUUGUUGCGAUUCAUCAAAUCCAAGCUGAGAAAGUCGCCCGAUGAAAUCGUCAUCCACAGAGAUGGCAAGGAGCUUACCCUCAAGGAAGUCUUCCAGUCGCUCGACUUGACUGCUUAUGAUCUCUCCAUUGACAUGCUGGACAUGCACGCGCAUCAGGAGUUCCACCGAUUCGACAGGUUUAACGACCGAUACAACCCUACCGGAUCUUCUCGUCUCCGAGAGAUCUUCUUGAAGACUGACAACCUGUUGAAGGGCAAAUACCUCGCAGAGCUGACUCAGGAAUUGAUCACCGAUUUGGAGCAAAGCAAGUACCAGCAAUCUGAAUGGCGUCUUUCCAUCUAUGGCCGAAACGUCAAUGAAUGGGACAAGCUUGCCAAAUGGGUUGUCAACCACAAGCUCAUCUCGCACAAUGUCCGAUGGCUUAUCCAAGUCCCGAGGUUGUAUGAGGUGUACAAGGGGCAGGGGCUGGUGAACAACUUUGAGGAUGUUGUGAAGAACAUCUUUGGACCGCUCUUCGAAGUCACUCAGGACCCUUCUUCCCACCCCGAGCUCCACAUUUUCCUCCAGCGAGUUGUCGGAUUCGACUCUGUCGACGACGAGUCCAAGCCCGAGAGGCGAUUGUACCGCAAGUUUCCGACGGCCAAGAUGUGGGACACCAAGCAGAGUCCGCCUUACAGCUACUGGAUCUAUUACAUGUAUGCCAAUAUGGCCAGUCUUAACGCUUGGCGUAGAUCCCGUAACUUUAACACAUUUGUCCUCCGUCCCCAUUGUGGUGAAGCCGGUGAUCCCGAUCAUCUCUCCUCCGCUUUCCUCACCGCCCACUCCAUCUCCCACGGUAUCCUCCUGCGAAAGGUCCCUGCUUUGCAGUACCUCUUCUAUCUUAAGCAGAUUGGUCUUGCCAUGUCGCCUUUGAGUAACAAUGCUCUGUUCUUGACUUACGAGAGAAACCCCUUCAAGGACUUUUUCAGGACUGGUUUGAAUGUCUCGCUGUCUACCGAUGACCCGCUUCAAUUCCACUUUACCGCAUCUCACUUGCUCGAAGAGUACUCGUGUGCUGCUCAGAUCUACAAGCUUACCCCCGCCGAUAUGUGCGAGCUGGCCCGUAACUCCGUCUUACAGUCUGGCUGGGAGAUGCAGGUGAAGAAGCACUGGAUUGGACAGCAUUGGUACCUGCCCGGUGCGGCUGGUAAUGACAUCCACAAGACGAACGUUCCCACCAUCAGGUUGGCGUACCGUCAAGCUACCUUGUUGGAAGAGCUUGCUCUCAUCCGACACGGCAAACACUCCCCGUCCGCUACCCCAACCCACCUCAAACCUCGCACCGAGACCACCGUCGCCAUUCCCGAGCGUCCCGGUAUGACCACCCACGCAUCCGACGUCGGUGCUGCCGCCAUGUCUAUGAGCGCUGGUGUUGGCACUGCCGGAGUCGGGGCCCCCAAUGGAUCGCACCUCGUCGGAGGUGCGAGCGAGUUGGACCAGAGGAGCUUGGAGAAGCAGAGAGGGCAGCAGUAAGCGCCAGGCCGGGGGUUAUCUAGAGUGUCUCGCUUGAGCUAAUGCGCUGGUUAUACGAUCCAUAUAGAUUUCGCAGUACAUGUCAUUGUAAUAUUUGCAACCUCCAUGAGAAUUAUUG